GGCCUCUUCCUGGGGUUUCACUCAGACUUCAGUCAGCUGCAGGUGGCACUUUGUACUCCCUGUCCUCAGAGCCACCAGCAUCUCUCUGCUGGGUCCCUGCUGAGAAUCACAGACCUCCGGAGGAAUAAUGGGUGCCUACGGCUCCAACCUGGAUGACAUCCUGGAGGAGGACAUGCACCACUGGUACACUAAAUUCAUGAAGGAGUCUCCCUCGGGGCUCAUCACCCUCUUUGAGCUCAAGACGAUGCUUGAAAUGAACGGUAUGACGGAGGAGGCCAGCAGCUAUGUGGACCAGGUUUUCUUCACGUUUGACAUGGACGGGGACGGCUACAUAGACUUUGUGGAAUACAUCGCAGCCAUAAGUUUAUUACUAAAAGGAGAAAUCAAUCAGAAGCUGAAGUGGUACUUCAAGCUGUUCGAUCAAGACGGCAACGGAAAAAUUGACAAGGACGAAAUGGAAACGAUAUUUAAGGCUAUUCAAGACAUCACCAGGAACUACGACUGCGCUCCAGAGGACAUCGUGAAUCUCAUCUAUGAAAAAAUUGAUGUCCACGGAGAAGGUGAGCUGACGCUGGAGGAGUUCAUCACUGGGGCGAGGGAGCAUCCUGACAUCAUGGACAUGCUCACUAAGAUGAUGGAUCUCACCAACGUGCUGGAAAUCAUUAUCAGGGGUCAACAGAAGAAAGCUGUGAACUGAAGCAACCGGCUGGACUGUGUGGAGAGAUGAGGAAUUGAGUAAAGCUCUGUAUGAACUUGAUGAAGAGCCAAGUCCCACUUCAGACUGGACACAGUGAACUGGAUGACCUGACUGAGCAACACCACGCAGACACAUUAUGACCUCCCAGAGUGUCGCCACAGGGAACCGUGCAGCUUGACCUCUUCUCCUCAGCUUGUGCUCUCACAUUUACUUUUUUUUUUUAUCUAAUUAAGUUUUGUUAACGUUUAAAAGAGAAGAUGUGUUUGUCGGAGAAGAAAGGGCAGUCUGCUUUCAGGUUCCCAGCAUGGUUCCGGUACAGGUGGCAAAGUGAGGUGGAUGGAGAUGGAAAAGCAAAGCUGAAAGCGACUUUAUUCCAAAAAUGUCUCAACAGGGUUGGGGUUCAUUUUGUAUCUUUAGCUUGUACUGAUUCAUAAUUGAACAUGAUCCAGAACAGAUUGAUUUUCAUUAGUGUUCUGGGGGUAAAACAAAAUGCCAAAUGAAACUAAAAUGUUUUACAAAUUAUAUUAUCUGAGAUAAUUAGAGAGUAUCUGGAUGAUAAUGCAGUGUGGUUAACAUGCCUCAUAUAGUUUGUUCUUGUUUGAUCUUCUUGUCUGCAUGAAAUCAAAACUUCUGCUUAAAAAUUAGACGGUAUGUUAAUACAAAUGUGUUGUGUAAAUGUAUAUAUGUACACAUGUAUAUGUAUAUAUAUGUGUAGUGUUUGUUAUCGUGCACAGGAAAAGUAACACUCCAUGUUUUACCGCACUUUAAGGUUACAAUGUUGCCUUGAAAACAAUACAGUGUUUUUGUUUUAAGUGGUUUCUUUAUUUAUGUCUCACACCGAGACAAGGACUAUUCCACCAGAUUAAAACACAACUUUUCUCUUUAAA